AUGGUCCCUCAUGCUGAUCAUUCAAGUGACUCCGAACCCGAGAAACGUCCCAAUGUGCGGCAGCGAGCCCAGAAAUGGACGACCAAGGGGGCUCUCGUCCGUGAGGACUCGGAUGACGAACUGGGCGACGAAGACCUCCCCUGGGAUUGGAUCCUUGCUGCAGAAACAGACCCAGCGGAGGAAGAAAAGGUGAAGAAUGAGAGCCCCGAGAAAAAGUCCUCUCGCCGGCGUUCUUCGCGCCCUGCAAGGAAGAGACCGGCCAUUGUCGGCGCAAAAAUGGGUACAUUCGAGUGCAGAGUCGGCCAGGUGGUGCUUUUGAAGUCUCCGGAGCCAGGCAAGGACUGGGUUGGCAUAAUCACCGAGUUUCUGGAGGAGGAAGACGAUGAGGAAGAGGGAGGCAUCGUCAAGUCAGCGCACAUCAUGUGGUUUGCGUCGCCGGACGAGUUCAUCUCCACGAGAAAUAAGAGAAGAAAAGAUGCGUUGCCCAAUGAACAGUACCUAACUGCGGACUUCAACACAAAUCCCCUGACGUCCAUCAGUGGAAAGGCCACAGUCAUGUCUAAGGAUGCCUUUUACGCCAAGUAUCCGAACGGCACUCCACCGAAGGAUAAAACGCAACUCGCCGACUACAAUAAAUGCAUUGUUUGUCGCCGAGGCGUGAGCCAAUUACAGGGUCGUUAUACCGAUGAGUUCGUGUGGGAGAAGGUCUACGACGAGAAUAAUAUCCAUCAGCUCAUCAGUCUGGUCAAGGAAGGCUUGAAAACGGCCAGGAAGCGCAAGGCCGUGGACACCGACUACGUUGAAGCAAAGAACGAGACUGCAGCACCGUCAACUCCCAGGAAACGGCAGAGGAUGGCUGCUACCAACACCACUCCCAAGUCACAGCGCAAGAAGCCAUUGACAACACCUUCACAUAAGCGAAUCGUUGUCAAAAAGCCCCUUGAAUUUACACCACUCGGCACCCGCGUUCUCUCUCCGUCUCAUUUCGCCUCGCCAUACCGACAAGCGCGUACCUUGCUGCACGUAUCAGCUGUCCCGGAGUCUCUGCCCUGUCGGAAGAAUGAAUUCGAUACAGUUUAUAAUCACCUGAGCGCGGCCAUUCUGGAAGGUACGGGCGCCUGUAUUUAUAUCUCCGGGACGCCAGGAACUGGCAAAACUGCAACGGUCCGAGAGGUGGUCGCACAACUCAACGCUGCCGUUCUUGCGGAAGAGAUGAAUGACUUCAUCUUCGUGGAAAUUAAUGGCAUGAAAGUCACGGAUCCGCACCAAUCCUACUCGCUGCUCUGGGAAGCCUUGAAGGGUGACAGAGUAUCCCCUUCUCAUGCUCUUGACCUGCUUGAAAACGAAUUCUCCCACCCCUCCCCUCGUCAGGUUUCUUGUGUUGUGCUCAUGGAUGAAUUGGAUCAACUGGUUACGAAGAAUCAGUCAGUCAUGUACAAUUUCUUCAAUUGGCCUGCUCUUCGUCACUCGCGUCUCAUUGUUUUGGCCGUAGCUAAUACUAUGGACCUUCCUGAGCGAACACUGAGCAACAAGAUCUCCAGUCGCCUGGGACUCACCCGUAUCACAUUUCCCGGAUAUCGUCAUACCGAUCUAAUGGAGAUCAUCAGCACGCGCCUGGCAAACGUUCCUGGAAACAUUGUCGACCCAGAUGCCAUUCAAUUCGCAAGUCGAAAAGUCGCGGCUGUCAGCGGUGAUGCGCGACGAGCACUGGAUAUAUGUCGACGUGCUGUGGAGAUUGCGGAACAAGAAGCCGACGAGGAUGCUAACGCUUCAUCUAUUUUGAAUGAUGAAGCCGAACCUCUACCUCCCACUCCAAGCAAGACCCCCGGGCGCCAGGCCAACGCACUCUCUAAAGGCAGUAUAGGUGAAGCACCUGCCGCCAGGCCCGCUCCAACCAAGGGCCAGCCCGGCCGUGUCACUAUUGCAACUAUCAAACAAGCCAUCCAGGAAGCGACGUCCACUCCCCUCCAGCAAUCUUUGCGCUGUCUACCGCUCUCCGGAAAGCUGUUCCUAGCCGCGCUAUUAGCACGUGUGCAGCGCACCGGCAUAACUGAGUCUACAUUUGGCGAUGUUUUAGAUGAAGCACGUCGUAUCGCUGAUGCUGCCGUUGCCGUCGCGGGUAUCGCUGGCACAAGUGUGAAGGAUUUUCUGCUCGGUGGGGGUGCCAAUGCCAGAGUACGAAGCUUGGGAUCUGCAGCUAUGGAGCUCAUGAACUCCGGUAUUGUGGCGUUGGAGCAAGGCACAGGAUCAAAGAGCCUUCUGGGUGGUUUCACGAUUCCGACUCGCGGGGAUCGGAGCAGCAAAAUUCGACUUCGUGUCGCGGCUGAGGAUGUCAAGCUUGCAUUCCGGGAGGAUGUGGAAGCCAGGGGCUUUGGGCUGGGUCUUGACCAGUGA